UCAAAUAGAUAUGGAUAAGAAAAUGGGUGAAGAGCAACCUUUGACUGUGUGUAACCAGUACCCUAAAGAAGCGGUGAGGAAACGUCAGAAUUCGGGUCGAGGUUCCAGGGGCAGCGAUUCUUCCAGGACCUCCAGGAAAAGCUUCAGGCUGGACUACAGAUUAGAAGAGGAUGUAACUAAAUCAAAGAGAGGCAAAGAUGGGAAGUUUGUCAACCCGUGGCCAACAUGGAAAUCGCCAACCUUGCCAAAUAUUUUGAAAUGGUCCCUUAUGGAAAAAAAUAACAGCAACGUGCCAUGCUCAAAGCAGGAACUCGAUAAAGAGCUUCCAGUGUUAAAACCUUACUUUGUUCAAAAGCCGGAACUUGCUGGGAAGACGGGAACUGGUAUGCGAGUCACCUGGUUGGGACAUGCCUCUGUUAUGGUGGAAAUGGAUGAACUUAUAUUUCUAACCGACCCAAUCUUCAGCCAGCGAGCUUCCCCUACUCAGCUGGUGGGUCCCAAGCGCUUCCGAGGACCUCCGUGCACAGUAGAGCAGCUCCCCAAAAUCGAUGCAGUCAUGAUCAGCCACACCCAUUAUGAUCAUUUGGACUACAAUACUGUAACGAGUUUAAAUGAACGCUUUGGGAGUGAGCUGCGCUGGUUUGUGCCCCUAGGGCUCUUGGACUGGAUGCAGAGAUGCGGUUGUGAGAACGUGAUUGAACUGGAUUGGUGGGAAGAGAACUGUGUCCCUGGUCACGAUGCGGUAACUUUUGUCUUCACCCCUUCGCAACAUUGGUGCAAAAGGACUGCGACAGAUGAUAACAAGGUUCUUUGGGGCAGCUGGUCUGUCUUGGGACCUUGGAAUAGGUUUUUCUUUUCAGGAGAUACUGGAUAUUGUGUUGCUUUUGAACAGAUAGGUAAAAGGUUUGGACCUUUUGAUCUUGCAGCCAUCCCCAUUGGAGCUUAUGAGCCAAGGUGGUUUAUGAAAUACCAGCAUGUGGAUCCUGAAGAAGCAGUAAGAAUCCAUAUUGAUGUUCAAGCAAAGAAGUCUGUAGCAAUUCAUUGGGGGACCUUUGCUUUAGCAAAUGAGUACUACUUGGAUCCUCCAGUUAAGCUGAAUGAAGCUCUUGAAAGAUAUGGAUUGAAAAAAGAUGACUUCUUUGUCUUAAACCAUGGAGAAUCACGGGACUUGAGUACAAAUGAUGGAUUUGAAUAACGAAACAGUAGCAAGCAGUUCCUUGGAAGCUUCGUUUGAUUUGAACUAGCAGUUAAUGUUACAAAUAUUAAUAUGAUGUACUUACAAAGUAGGUUUUUUGGAGUGAAUUGGAUUUUUAGAUGCCAGGUUUGUCAGUUUCAGAACUAAAACUUGCAUACCAAUAUCAU